AUGGGUUGUUAUACAAAUGCAUUUUAUAAUAGUUAUUUUACAAGUUCAUACAUGGAACCAACAUUAUGUUUUCGUUUAUGUGAAACACCGAUAAUUUAUAUACAAGCCUCAGUAUGUCGAUGUUCAGGUGGAGGUCUUAUGGAUUAUAAUCGAGGCAGCGAUAGAUUUUGUCCAAUACCAUGUCCAAAGCCAGGUGAUCGUCAAGUUAAAACAACUUAUACAUGUGGUGGUUCAGAAGGGUAUUCAGCUUAUGCAGAAGAACAAUUUUAUACAAAACAUGCUUAUUUAUUUAAGUAUCAAAUUCACUUUGCAUCAUGUCAAUUAUGGAAUGCUUCUGGAUAUUAUGAUACAUUUCAGGUUAAAAUUGAUGAAUCAUCUGUUAAAUCAUCAUUAAUUAAAUUAGAACGAUGUGCUGCUGCAUGUCUUGAUCAAAAUGCGACAACACAAUCCAUAGCUUUCAAUGAUGAUAACAAUCAAUGUUCAUGUAUAAUGCCACGAAAAUUAAAAACAGAUUUUAAAGAACGCUAUUUUUCAAUUUUGCCUAAUAAUACUUGUGACCGAUAUUGUGAUAGCACAUUGGGUGAUUCAAAAGUUCAACAUACAUUUCAAUGUGGCUCGUUGAAAGAUUCACGUAUAUGGGCUAUAUAUGAUUUGAAUGAUGCAUGUCCGCUUGAGUCAGUUUAUAUAAAAGAACUAAAGCAAUGUAUAUCUAUAGGGAGCGGAUUUCUGAAUUCAUGUUCACCACCAUCAAUAGAGUAUGUCUAUGAUGGAAAUGUAACAUGGAAUGUCUUUCUUAAAGUUAUUGAAAAAUUAAACUUAACUAAAUCGAGUGUUUCAAUUAGUUUUGGCAAUGAUGUUACUAUUGAUCCUUCAUGGAAAUGUUCGACAACAACAACAAACAUCAAUAAAAUCCAUCCAAGCCUUACUAAUAUAUAUUAUUUUCAUAGGAAUUUCAGUGCAAAUUAUGUAUUAGAUAACGGUUGUUUACGCGUAGUUUCAUAUUUGUCUUAUUCACAUACAUCACCUCAUAAGUUAUGCAUAGAAAAUCCAAUGAAUCAAAAUUCGGUAUCUCCUAAUCUUAGAAUUUCUUCAAUUUAUGCAUCUACUUUUGGUAUAAUGACGACUACUUGUCCAACGAAUUGGUUUGAUUUGAAUGGACAUUGUUAUCGGAUAUCGGAUGAACCUAAAACAAUUCAAGAAGCAAGAAAUAGUUGUAUUAAUGAUCCCACUGCUGAGCAAAUGAAGAAUGAUGAAGCGGUUAUACCAUAUAAUGAUGAUGAUGAUGAUGAUAAUGAUGAUGAUGAUAAGAAGGAAAGGGAGAAGGAACUCAAAACUUAUAUGAAUGGUUUAUUGAAAGGUGAAAUCGCUCAAUAUGAAUCAAAAUGGCAAGCCGGUCUUGGCUUUUAUCUUCUUGAUACAAAUGUAUCAAAUACUCAAUCAAUACCUUAUCUAACUGGAUUUCUCAGCAGCUAUCCACGACCAAUAUUCAUCAAUGGAGUACCAUCACAAAUAGUGUCCAGUAAUAAUUUUCUGCCAUCAGUGUUCAAUAAUCAUGCACUACCACUAGCAGCCAAUGUUAGUAUCAAUCUUUCAUCAAUAAAUGAAUUUCAAAUGAUUAAUUCAAAUGAUAAUGACAACUCAACUAUAAAACAUGAUUCAUGUAUGCUUUUCACACGUUCAGUGAUCGAUGGAAAAAGUAGUUUUAUUGUAAAAAAUACUGAAAUUAAUAAUUGUUCGAAACCCAGACAUGUGCUAUGCAAAACAAAGUCAAGACAUAGUUUCAACUUCUACCGGCAUUGUUAUCGUAAACCAUUAACACUUGGUGUACCAGCAAUGAUAUCAAAUCAUUUAACAUAUGAAUUAUGUUCAUUUGUUUGUAAAAGAUUACGAAUGACAUUAGUUGUUAUACAUAUUAAUAAAUGUUAUUGUCUCGAAAAUAAUCUUCCAAAGACACUUGAUUGGAAUCCUAAUUACGAAAAAUAUCAAAAAAAAGAAUGCGGAUACCCUUGUCCAGGUAACCAACAUGAACUUUGUGGCAAUGAAAAUACAAUCGUUGUCUUUGAAACGUCUAUUUCUAUAUAUUUCUUCGGCUAUGGCGAUAGAGAAAAAUUUUCAAUAUCAAAUCCUGAUUUCGCUUAUGAUAGGUGUAUACAUUUAGAUUCUGUCAAGGAAUCAAAAAUAUAUGAAUUCAAUUUAAAUAAUCCAAGUGAUAUUCAUCCACGUUAUUGUUUAGAAUUAUGUACAAGUUAUCGACAAAAAUAUGCUCUUCUUAAUUCAAUCCAAUGCCUAUGUACAAAUAUUCUGAUAAAAAAAAAACAAGAUAUUUUGUUCACACCUCGAGAUUCUAAUUGUACCCAAGAAUGUCCAGCUAAUUACUUAUAUACAUGUGGAAAUUCAAAAAAUGCAUCGAUAUAUUCGGUGUACUUCAUGAAAAUAAAAUGUCCUGUUGAUGAACGACGAUGUCUAUCUGUUGAUAUUUCAACAAAGAAAAAUUCAUUUUCAACUGCACAAUCUUAUUGUAAAUCGAUUGGUGCUAUGGUGGCAAAAAUAAAUGAUAUUUUAGAUAUUCAAGAUAUAUUACCCAUGUCAGUGUUAAAUAGAAAUUCUUACAUUGAAUAUCGAUUUUCUUCUAUUUGGCGUGCUUCCAAUAGUACACAGUAUUUUUGGAUUGAUCGUACAUCUGAAAUUACAAAUGACAAUAAAACAUCAGAUCGUUCUAUUGGAAGAUGUUCAAAAACAUCACAACUAAUUGAUCAACAUUGUAUUCUUCUUCGUUACGAAAAAAUUAUAAUUCAUGAUGCAGUGACUUACGAACAGUGUUUUAUUGAAUCAAAUGAAUGUUCAUUAAUGUCUGCUAUACCAGUUUGUGUUGACCGACAUCUAGAAUUCAAUCCAAUCGUUAUUCCUUUGAGUACAAAUGGUGACUCGUCAAUAAUAUCAGUUAAUACAACAACAGAUUAUACAUGUGGUGAUGAUGAAGAGUAUCAUUUGAUGGAUGAGUACUGUUAUAAAAUAUUAUUUCACGAAAAAACUUGGCAGGAUGCAAAAUCAGAAUGCGAACGUGAUAAAAGUAUGUUAUUUAUACCUGAACAAAUGGCGACAUUGCACUUGAUAAAAUUCUUAUUUGUACGUCGACGUAGUUAUACAUCAUCUGGUAUUGUUCAUGUUGGUGUUAUUUAUGAUAAUCAAAAUCGUACUGUUAUACAAUAUAACACAACCAAUGGAAAUACUUUACCAAAUAUAACAAGUUCUAAUACUAUUCGUACUUUAUGCGAAAAAACAUUUCGUGAGCGAUAUGAAACAUUAAUGUCAUCAUCAACUUCAUCAAUGAAGGAAAAAAAACGAUUAAAAACUCAACAAACUGGCUGUGCAUAUGCUGAUUUUCGAGCUGGUGUUGAAGUAUCUAUUUCAUGUGAUGAAAUACCUUGUAAUCAGCUAGCAACUGUAAUAUGUCAGAAGGCACCGAUUCGAAAAAUGCGUGCUAUUGUAGCAAAACGGUUAGUUUUCAAUAUGAUGUAUGCAAAGCAUAGUCUGAUCUUUCCUUGGAAACUAUAAAAAUUUGUUUAGAUAAGUCCCAAGUACUUACAAAAGAAGCAUUACUCGAUGAGAAUAUAUGUACAUUUACGUAUUCUAACGCGUAUUUUGUGUGACCUUUGAGUUGUUCAAUAUGUCAAUUAGUAAUACUUUGUACGAUCAAUACACUUUUAUAAAGUAGAAGCAUACAAGUUAAGCUUUUCCUAUCAAUCAUAUCCUUGACUAGAUACAUUUUCACACUGGAGUCAGAUACUCGCCUCGAAGAUGCAAAAUAUUUUGUUCUCUUUUUUGUCUUAAUCGAUGGCUAGUACGCUCUGUAAAUUUCUCAAACGACUACAAUCCGAUGGGCUGUAUAUUAUGCCUUACGAAAUCUUCAUGUCACUUUGGAUUAUUCAUAUCCUAGUUAAAUGACUCUAAUAUUGAUAAAUAACAGAAUUAUAUCAGACAACAGAUAUGCACGGUUACGUUUGUCUGUGUCCUGUAGUCUGACAGAGAAAUUUUAUAGUUGUGGGCUUAUACAAUGCUUUUACAUAGGAUUGCAUAUUGAUAGUAGACUUCUCUCACUAUUGAUAAUUCGAAAUCGCUAUAGAUGAAAUCAGGAUGAAUGUAGGUUAAUUGAAAUGUUUCAAACACUUUGAGUAAUAUAGAUCUGGGUUGCGAGUGUGAAAAUGUUUUUUUUUAAUCGUUUUCAAUAUCCGAUUAUAUUUAUUGUUUUUAAUGCAAACUUGAUGCUAAGUUGAAAGACAAUUCGUACUAUGAAAUUUAAUCAGAAUGAGAUUACAAGUUUGAGAGUGACUUCAGCAUGAAUAAAAAAGUUAUACUUUUGACAUUAUUCAAUUGGCAUAGUUCUACAAUGAUUACUAAAAGAAAACAUAUUCGUUAUUUCAAUUUUUUGAAAAUUUUCAAUUACUUUCUUAAGCUGGCUAAAGUGUUUUUGUUUUUCUUUAAAGAGAUAAUAUUGACUCCUCGAUGAAUGGUGACGCAAAUUCACAAAAAUCUGCAAGCAGACGUUUUGCUACAAUCUUCAUCGUUUUUGCAAUUGUAUUCGCUCUUAUACUUCUUUUAUCUAUAUUUAUAUUACGCAAACGUCAUUUAAUGCAAAAGAAUAAUAGACUUCGUACAAGAAGCCAUAAGAGUGAUCUGGCUUAUUCUCAAGUGUCAACCGGAAAUGAAUUCGAUCUAAAUUAGAACUAUUAUUAUUAUUGUUAUUCUUUGCUUCAUUAUAUUUCUAUUUUAUCCAUAGUCUUCAUUUAGAAUGAAGAUUUUUCAAUUGAUUUUUUUCUUUGAUUUUAAGAACACUUCAAAAAUUUUAUUAGCUGUUUUUUGCACUUGUCAUGUCAUUUCGCCAAAUAUUGAAAAUAAUAAAAGAGUGACAGACAAUUUACGAAAAAGAAAAAAGGCAGUACAAUUAUUAUAAAAAAAAAUAUUCUCUCGUCACCUAUAACUCAUAGUAUUUUGCAUAUCAUCUCAAUUGCAGAUCGUUAAUAUAUCUUGACUUGACAGUCUGUGAAAACAACGAUAACGACUACUGUUUGUGAGUUACAUAGAUCAAGUAAUAUAUAUUAUACAAACAUCUUGAUAAGUUGCUCUUUUUUUGUAGUACUAAAAUAAGUUCACAAUUCAAUGAAACCAUAUUUUAGUUUGGUCAUCCAUAUAUUAUACAUAUAUAAUCAAAUGAUUUUAAUUUAUUUGUUGUUUUUCUGAAAGAAUGACUCGUGUUGUUGUAGUUAUUUGUUAUCCCAAAGUUAUACAUAGAGGUUUAACAAGUUCAUUUAGUUAUGCUGGAGCAUUAUUGUGAAUUAUUCGGAUAUGUUUCAAUUAAUUUUGUGUACGAAAAAAAUUCUGUUGACUUGUAUGUAAAAAGCCGCAAUCUUUAUCAAACAUUUCGAUAAAGAUAAUUAUUAGAGGAAUUAUCAAUGUCCCAAAAAAAGCCUCCUAGAAGUUUUAGAAUAGACCAUAAGUUAUCUUAGAGUUCUUCCAUUCACGAUCGUAAAAGUAAUGAUUUUUCUGAAAUAGUUCUCAUAUCCACACAUUCAUGUUCAGAAAUUUCUUAAAGAAAAAAUGAAUGUUAGAGCAAUAAAUGUUGCAGAUAUUUUUAUAUUUUAAUUUUAGUAUUCAUGAGUUUGUGGAUGAGCUAAGAAAAAACUCCUAUUCCUCAAUAUUUGGACAUCCCUCUUACAAAUUUACAUUGAUUCUUGAAAUAUACGGAGUAGAUAGAAGAAGCUUCCAAACCAAGGGGGAAACGACGUACUCUCGUACGUUUGUACUCUACAGAGUCCAUGGACUUUGAUUGGACUCCGUGUACUCUGACUGGAUUUUCAUGGACUCUGAGUACAGAGAAUCCAAAGGAAAACGCUGUACACUUGGACUUCCUGGACUCUCAUGGCAGUUUCAGAGUCCCUGAAGUACUCAAAGUACAGAUAGAGU